AUGUCAUCAUCAUCGUAUCAAGAGAAUAGUUUAAUUAAUUAUACAUUUCCAGAAGAAGUUGUAGUUUAUAAUCAACAACAAGCAAGACAAUCAACACAAACACAACCAACUAUAAUUCCGCCACAAUCUAAUGGAUCAACUACUUCAACACAUGAAUAUACAUUUGAUAAUUUUGAUCAUGAAACUUUUGGAAAUGCAACAAAUUUUGAAGAUUCAAUUACUCAAAUUCAAAGACAAUCAUAUCAUUCUAAUCAAGAUCAUUUACAUUCACAACCACAAGCACAUUCUUUACCUUAUCCUAAUGGAGAAUUCUUUGAAUUAUCUCACGAUGAAGUUAUCGAUUUAUUUGAAAAAGCAUGUAAAGAAAUUGAUGACUGGAAAUCAACAAGUCAAAUUGAAGAUAUAAUUCAAGUUAAUAAUCAAUUAGUAUCAAGUUCUAAUAAAAGAUCAAUUUCAACAGAUUCAACAUUUUCAAUUUCAAAUUUUUCAAAUGGAAAUAGUAUUAACCAAAAUCAAAAUAAUCAAUUCCAACCAAUUUCAAAUGUUACAUCUCCAAUUAAAACUCCAAAAACUCCAAAUUCUCCAAAGAAAUCUACAAUUAAUCAAAAUUUAGGAUUUGAUUUUUCAAAAUUGAAUAUUUUAAGUUAUCCAGAUUAUUCAUAUUCAAAAAAUUUAUCAAUCGAUUUAGGUAAAAUUCCAAACAAAUUACAAUGUGAAUCAUUAUUAUUGAAAUUAAUUGAACCAAUCAAUGAUCAAUCAGUAGUUAAAAUGGAUAGAACAUUAUUUUUAAGAGAUCAGUUACAUUGUUAUAAAUUUCCAAAUUUCGAAAUUACAAAAAAUUCAAAUUUUAAAAAAACAGCAUAUGAAUCACAAUAUAUUCUAACUAAAUUAAAACCAAAUAAUUUACCAGAUAAUUCGACUCGUGCUGGAUUAUGUCCUUAUUGUGAAUCAAUUGAAUUUUUUGGGCUUAAGAAUUCAAGUUAUGGAAAUCAUUUAGCUUAUAAACAUGGAAUAUUAACCAAUGGAAAUUUAAUACCUAAUCCAAAGUUUUACGGUAGAUAUAAAUUUAAAAAGGGGGAAUAUGAUGAACCUGAAAAGAAAAAACGUAGAACUAAUGCUCAUUUAUUGGAAAGAUUGGGUGUUUUAUGUACUUCUUGUUGGCAAAUUUUGGAAGUAAAUUGUACUAGUAGAAGUUCAGUUUUGGGUCAUUAUUUAAGACAUUAUAGAGAUUCUCAUGUUGGUAACAAAAAAGAAAAUAAUUCAAAUAAUAAUAAUAAUAAUAAUGAUGAUGAUGGGUACUAUAAUGAUCAAAGUUUAAUUGACUGUACUGUUAUGGAAUUUAUUGAAAAAUGGAAAUAUUGA